AUGGCGGAAGGCGAGGAUGACAGCGCGAGCUCCAGCAGCGGUCUCGGCCUCUCCUCGUCGGAUUCAGAGCAGGAAUCGAAGGCGCCGGUAGAGUCUCCAGCUCCAGCGGCGAUUCCAAAGCGAAAAAAGGCUUCAAAGAAAGGAGACUUGAGCUUCGCGGACUUGGCAAAACACGGGUACUCCAGUGGGCCAUCAGUUUUAAAUGUUCCAGCUCCGAAUCGCAAUGCCAACUUUGAGAGCAAUUGGUCGUGGUCUGGUGGGAAGCAAAAGACCGACGAAGAGAGGCAAGCCGAAGAGGUCGAAAAUAUUGAUGAGCGAGAGCGAACUCGAGAGAUUGUCAACACUGGCGCCGAAAAGUUCGCUGAAAAUACUUUCAACGAGUACCAAUUCGCAAAGAAGCAACGCAGGGACGCUGCAGCGGAGCAACGGGCUCAAACUUUCUCCAAGAAGGAAAAACGAAAGAGAGACCUCGGUCAGGCGAGCAGGGGGAAGAGCUACGUUGAGGAAGAGAAACGCUUGCUGCGCGACCGUGGCGUUUACUCUGGAUUCGACUAA